AUGAAACCAGUGGAAAACAAGGCCCCAGCCCCACAGGGUUUAGUUUUAGUGUUAUUGAAGUUUUAUUUUGUGAUCUUGACAGUGGCCAUCAAAAAGAGGUCCAGAGUCCCCGGGGUUAUGAUCACUCAGUAUGUUGAACAACUUCCUCCUGGACAAUCCACCCCCAAUUUCUCUCGAAAACCAGCCCCUCUGACUUUGCAGGAAGGGAAAAAGGCCUUUUUCAAAGCAAUGGUUACUGGGGAGCCAGCUCCAACUGUGACAUGGGCUUGUAAUAAAUGUGAACUCACUGAUGAAAAGAAGUAUAUGACUCGAUAUGACGAAAGAGCUAAGGAGCACAUCCUUGAGAUACCAAAUAUCACAACAGAUCAAGCUGACACAUACAAAUGUUAUGCCACCAAUGAAUAUGGACAAGCUGUUUGCACUGCUACACUGAAUGUUAUUGAAGCAAAGGGGCAAGCUCCUCAGGAUUUCAGAUCAAUGCUCAAGAAAACAAAAAAGCAACUCCCACCAAAAAAAGAAGGGGAGAUUGAUCCGAAGCUCUGGGAACUGCUGCUAAGUGCACCAAAGAAGGACUAUGAAAAAAUCUGCUUUGAUUUUGGUGUUACCGAUUUCCGCUGGAUGUUGAAGAGACUAAACCAGAUGAAAAAGGAGAGGGAGGAUGAGCAAGCAAAGGUUUUGGAGAAACUGAACAAUGUGAAGCAAAUAGAAGUGAAACCAAGCGGUAUAGCUGAAUUUGAGGUCGACAUGACGCUAAGCGAUCCCAACAGUGCAGUUAACUUAUACAAGGAUGGGAUUAAGGUUGUGUAUGGUAAUGAUGGAAACUCAAAGCACAGCCUUACUAAAUCCGGAACAAAGUAUUGCUUCAGCAUCAACGACCCUCAACCCGAGGACGCUGGGUUUUACCAGGUGGACGUCGAGGAGGCCAAUAUUCUUUCUACUGAUUUUCAAGUCCCAGCGGUGGAGUUCAUAGCCAAGGUUAAGGAUGUGAGGGCAGUUGAAAGUCAGGAUGCUGUCUUCCAGUGUGUGUUGUCAACGCACCUCAACAGGAUUACUUGGUCCACACAAGCCACUUCUCUUGAACAUGGGGACAAAUAUGACAUCACUGUCUCAGAGGACAAACUCAUUCAUACAUUACGAAUUAAAGACUGCACAUUGGCAGACAAGGGUAUCUAUUACGCCAUCGCUGGCAUUGCCUCAAGCAGUGCCACUCUCACAGAGGAUCUGGCCAAACUAGCGAUGGAACAGAGGGCCAAGCUACAGAGGGGGAAGGACAACUUAGAGGCAGUGAGGCGAGCACAAGCUGAAAAAGAUGCUGCAGAAGCAGCAGCAAGAGCUGCAAGAGGGGAUGACAUUGGCAAUGGGUCUGGCAAUGGGUCUGGCGAUGUGUCUGGCAAUGGGUCUGGUGAUGAGUCUGGUGGAGGUGUAUAUGGGGACGGUGGAGAUGGAGAAGAUAAAAAUAAGAAGGAUGGGCCUGGUAGAGGUAUACAUGGAGAUGGUGGAGAUGGAAAAGAUGGGAAUAAGAAGGAUGGGUCUGGUGGAGGUGUACAUGGAGAUGGUGGAGCUGGAGAAGAUAGGGAUAAGAAGGAUGGGGCAGAUGUAGAUGAUGAGGCUAACCAGCAAGGGAAUGACGAACGUGAUAAGAAUAAGAAGCGGAUGCGAACUGGCCCUUUGGUUCCUGACACGGUCAUUGAUCACGGAGUUCAAUUUGUGAGUGGACUUUCAAAUACAGCUGCUAAUAUUGGUGAACAGGCAGAGCUAUCUUGCAAGCUGAGCAGUGAAACCUCUGAGGGACACUGGUACAAGAAUGGGAAAUUGCAAACCAAUGAAAAUGGGAUAAAGAUCACCAAAGAUGGAGCCUGUCACAAGUUAAUUAUUGAAUGCUGUACAAAGGGCGACACAGCUCUGUAUUGCUUUGAAGCAGAAGGACGAAAAUCAGAGGCAAUACUUAGUGUUCAAGACCCACCAAAGAUCGACCUUGAUGCCCUGGGAAAAUUCUCCAAACCAGUCAUCAUUAGGGUAGGCGAAAAUGCCAAAUGGAAGUUGCCAUUUUCCGGUGGGGGUCCGAUGACUCUACAGUGGUACAAGGAUGAUGAUGAGUUACUGAAUGGCCUUCAUGUCAAGAUUGAAACAUCAAUCGCAGAGAGCCAACUGCGCCUUUCUAAAUGCCAAAGGAAGGAUAGCGGAGAGGUCAAAAUCAAAAUCAAGAAUGAAUUCGGUACUAUGGAGGCAGUUUCGAAGCUUAUUGUACUUGACAAACCGACUCCACCACAAGGACCUGUGGACAUUAUUGAAAAUGCUGUGACAUCUGUGGAGUUCAAAUGGAAACCCCCAAAGGACAGCGGUGGAUGCCAAAUGACAAACUACAUUAUAGAACGGCAACAAGUGGGGCGCAACAAAUGGUCAAAUCUAGGGGAGAUCCCUGGUAACAACCCCAGUUACAAAGAUUCAGAUGUGGACCCUGGAAGGAGGUACUGUUACCGGAUCAGAGCCAAAAAUGCAGAGGGAGUCAGUGAUUACCUGGAGACAGAAGAUAUACCAGCUGGUGUACUGCGAUACCCAGGACCUCCAGCAACACCAAAAGUUGUCAGUGCCUUCAAGGACUGCAUCAGUCUGACAUGGUCUCCACCUACAGACACAGGAGGAACCAAAAUAGUGGGAUACAACCUGGAAAAGCACAAGAUGGGCACUAACUAUUGGAACCUUGUUAACCAAGGAGGGCCAAUCAAAGAUACAGAGUAUGUAGUGAGAGACAUCUUUGAGGGGGCAGAAUAUGAAUUCAGAGUCUCUGCUAUCAACCUAUCUGGUGCUGGUGACCCAAGUAUUCCAUCUGGCACAGUCUUUGCAAGAGAUCCUAUGAAACCCCCUGGUAAAGUCAUAGACCUAAAGUUAACAUUCUCCAAUUACACCACAUUUUCUCUGGCUUGGACUAAACCUAAGGAGGUGCAAGGAGUAGAGGACGAAGCCCAAGGGUACUAUGUGGAGAUCAGACCAAUUGAGAACCUUGAAUGGACUCGCUGUAAUGCCAACCCAAUUUCUCUCACUGCCUUCACGGUGCUUGGCUUGAAGGCAAUGGCUACAUACUGGGUGAGAGUGAUUGCUACCAACUAUGGCGGUGAUGGGGAGCCUCAGGGCUUUGACAAUUACAUCAUCGCUAUGCCUCCUCCUGUGAGGCCGAGGUUUAAAGACGACAACAUGAAGAGCUUUUUGGUCGUUAGAUCUGGGAAUACUGUUCGUGUGAACAUCAACUUUGAGGCCUCUCCCUUGCCAGAAGUCAUUUGGCUGAAAGACGGCAUUCCCCUGCCUAAACAUGUAACAGUUACAAACUCUGAUGUGGGAUCUCAGCUCCUAAUCCCUACAUCUGAGCGCUCCGACACAGGCAUCUAUACAAUCACUGUCAAGAAUCUCAUCGGUCAUGAAACCUUCAACGUUGAGAUCAGAGUUACGGAUGAUCCAAGGCCUCCAGGCCCAGUGGGGCUUGAACAAAAUGUCUCUGAGACAGUGACCCUCACCUGGACUCCAUCUCCUGACGAGAAGGUGGAUGACAGGCUACACUACAUGGUAAUGAAACGAGACUCCUUCAAACGCACAUGGAGGACAGUGGCCGACAACCUCUUCAACAAUAAGUGCACAGUCGUCAACAUCCUGCCAGGAAGAGAGUAUUAUUUCAGGGUGUUUGCUAAAAAUGACAUGGGCCUCUCAGUACCAACUGAGUCCCCUACAUGGGGGGCCAAAAAGGAAAGAGGAAAGUUCAUAUUGGACCUGCCAGAGUCAAAGGGCUUUGAUUUCCAGUCACCUCCAUCAUUUAUUGUUCCUCUGAAGCGGCGCACAGCCCCUCAAGGCUACGAGUGCUACGUGAGCUGUGCUGUUAGGGGUGACCCUGCGCCUCAUGUGACCUGGUACCGCAACAAUGUUAGCCUAAACACCAAUACCAAUUACUACAUUACCAAUGUGUGUGGGGUCUGUUCCAUGCUCAUACUUAAAGUUGGACCCAAAGACAGUGGGGAAUACAAAGUUGUCGUAGACAACCCUCUAGGAACAGCCGAGUGCUCAAUGAUGCUGAACGUCCGAGAGUGA